UCCUUACCGGUGAAUUCUGAGCCCCUGAAAAAAUAAGCCUGAAUUUUACCUUCUAUUUAUGAGAUAUCUGAUAGCUGGAGUGUUUGAGCAAGACGGACAGUAUUCUAACCCGGAGUUCUCCGUACAUUUUAGAAAACUACUUCCCGAAAUUAUGAGUCACGUAAACCCAGGACUCCUCUCAGCCUACAACAGUCUGACAGACAAACACCUCACUGGAUACUUCAACAACACGCGCAUCAGAAGACAUCUGCAGAGAGUUGGCCUGAUCACCAGGAGCGGGCGAAUUGUCCCAGACAAGGAGUACAGAAUCAGAGUGAUGCAGAAAGCCCAUCAGAGGAAUGUGAGGGAAUGCUUGGCUCAGGCUGUCUUCCACAAGGUGCUCCACAUGGAGCGCCUUCAUCAGAUUGAAAUCAAGAGGAAAUUAGAAGAUUUUGCCCGGAGGGAGAGAGUACAUAAAAUGAAGGUGGAACGCUCCAAGAGGUACGAGGAUGAUGUCAUCCAAAUCCUGUCUCCCCGACCCCCCACAGGCCCCAGAGUUUCCCACGCACUGCAUUCUGGGCCGGAGGGGGAGCAUUCUGAGUCCUCUGAAUCUCCGGGUUCGUCUCGACCCAACACAGCUCCAGGGAAGAUGCAGAGACCGGUGCGCCUAAAGCCCAUCAACAGUAGCAGAACCAGGGCCUCCAAAAGACACACCUUCCCCUACAGACCACAGGACGGCUCCCACCACACUGAGCAGCCUUUCAACUGCACUAUAGAUAAAGAACCCAGAAGGCAGGUGACUGUGACAGAGUCUUCCCCGGGUGUGUCUCCCUACCGUCUUCCAGUCAUCAACAACUUUGUCACCCCUGUUCCCCCUCCACCCAAGAAGAAGGAGAGGGGCGGUUUCAAGGGUACCCCCACUGGUACUCUAAGGGGACGGAGACUGCGCCCCACUACAGCUCCAAAUGGCCUCAAUAUGACAGAGGACCUAGAUCCCGUGCGGACCUCAGUGCAGAGUAAAGUCUGUGUGAGCAUGGUGUAUUUUGGGAAGACGGUUCACCUGUCACAUGACCUCAUGGACCUGAGGGAUGAGGUCAAAGUGUUUCAGCAGCACUGUGGAGGGGAGAACCUGUGUGUGUUCAGGGGUCGAGUCCAGGAAGCAGAGACGUUCCAGUUUGUGUCGCGGCGUCACCGAGGUUUCCCCUUCAGCCUCACGUUCUUCCUGAAUGGACUGCAGGUGGAGCGGCUCAGCUCGUGCUGUGAGUUCAAACACAGGAAAGGUUCACGGCUCGGAGGCCGCAAUGGCCAUUUUGGCUUCUCCAAAGUGGAGGGAGCCUCGCCCUGCUACAGGUGUAUCAUCGCCAUGGGGUUAGAUAAGAAGCCCACGCCUCCUCCAAAGAGAAUCAAAGAGGACAUCAUGGUUGACAGCCCCAGUAACACUGGGAAGGGCACUGCAGGGGAGGAGGAGGAGAAAGUCAGCUGCUCCCAACCAGAACCUGAGACCAUCCAAGCACAGAACAUGGAGACUGUUAAUAACGAGGACAAACCGUCAGAGGACGACAAACCUAAAGAUGAUUAUGAUGAGGACUUUGAAGCAGAUGAGGAGGAUGAGGAUGGACACCCACAGAAAGAAAAAAAUUUUGCUCCUGCUUCCAGAGAAAGAGAGGAAGAUCAACAAGAGAUAGAUGACCACUCUGAUGUUGAGGACUAUGAAAAAGAUGAACAGAAAAGGUCAAUGUCAGGCUCCAGUUCCUCAGGCAGUGAGAGGGACGACAGCGAGGCUGAUGACGAGGAGGACCAGACAGUCAAACAGGGAGCUGAUAUACCCAAAAACCCAGAGGAGGAGGCACUACCCCAGGCUGAGCAGGAGAAAGACACCGUCACCACAACCACUUCUGCCACCAUAGCACCUGAUUCAGACCAACAACCCACAGAGGAUGGGACUGACAUGGAGACCAGCUCUCCAACCCCACCCCAGACCACCCCCACUGGGGGGGAGGACACAGGGACUCUGGGUGACAGCCCUAGGUACAGUGUGGGAAGAACCACAGAGCUGGAGGUGUCAGGCACUAGUGCACAGUCAGAAAGGGAUGGGAAAGGGGAUGAGGACAGGGAUGAAGCUGAGGGGGAAGAAAAGGAGAGAGUGGCUAAAGUCAAGGAUAAGUCCACCCUGGAGGAGGAAGAGCUUGAGAGGGCCAAGUCUGUUCAGGAUAAAUUGGUGGAGGCCAUUUUCAAAGAGAUCCAGAGUCACUCAGAGCCAGAGCUAAGUGACUCCAGCACUGAGACAGAGGAAGAUCCCACUGAGAAAACCCAACAACGAGACACUGCUGGUGUGGAACCAGAGAAAAACCUAGCUUUUACUCUGCAGCAAAAAAUCAGUACAGAGGAGGUUAAUUCUGGAGACAAUUCUGUGAAUGUGGCAAUAGAAUCUUUUAAGAAUGAAGAGGGAGACAUUUCUACUGUGGAUUAUGGAAUUGAUAAGGUAGAAGAGGUUUCCCAUACUGAGGAAUAUGCUCUAAAGGAUAAAGGAAAUACUGAAGAGGAAAGGGAAGAAGAAGAGGCUGUCCAAACUGAAGAUGUAAAAGAUGCAGACAAUCCUAAAGAGGACAGGGUAAAAAAAGAAUUUGUCCAAACUAGAGAAGAUGGUGAAAAAGAUGAAGAUAUUAUGGAAGGAGAUAAGAUAGAGGAAGAGGCUGCACAAACUGAAGAAAGCGAUGUAAAAGAUGAAGAAAAUACUGAAGGAGAUAAGGUAGAGGAAGAGGAGGCCCAAACUGAAGAAAACAGUGUAAAAGAUGAAGAAAAUACUGAAGGAGUUAAGCUAGAGGAAGAGGAAUCCCAAACUGAAGAAGAAAAUGUAAAAGAUGAAGAAAAUACUGAAGGUGAUAAGGUAGAGGAAUCCCAAACUGAAGAAGAAAAUAUAAAAGAUGAAGAAAAUACUGAAGGAGAUAAGGUAGAGGAAGAGGAGGCCCAAACUGAAGAAAACAAUGUAAAAGAAGAAGAAAAUACUGAAGGAGAUAAGCUAGAGGAAGAGGAAUCCCAAACUGAAGAAGAAAAUAUAAAAGAUGAAGAAAAUACUCAAGGAGAUAAGGUAGAGGAAGCCCAAACUGAAGAGGAAAAUAUAAAAGAUGAAGAAAAUACUGAAGGAGAUAAGGGAGAGGCAGAGGGAGCCCAAAGUGAAGAAAACAGUGUAAAAGCUAAAGAUAAUACUGAAGGAGAUAAGCUAGAGGAAGUGGGAGCCCAAAUUGAAGAAAAUGUUUUAAAAGAUGAAGAAAAUACUGAAGAAGAUAAGGUAGAUGAAGGUAAUGUUGUAACUGAAGAGUAUAAAGUAAAAGAAGAGACUGCAGAAACUGAAGAUGAUGAUGGAAAAGAUGAACAAAAUACUGAAGAAGCAAAGGAAGAAGAGGAGACAGACAAAGUAAAUACAGGAGCACAUUUUGGAGCUGAUGAUGAGAAAGUUAAGGUAGACAAAAUUGAGAAUGAUCAAGAAAAAGAUGACGACAAAAAGGCGGCAGAAGGAGAUAAGGUGGUGAGUAAAGAUUAUGUUGAACAAAUGGAAAAUGUGGAAAUAGGUGAAAAAGUUAAACCAGAUGGAGAAGAAGACAAAGAAGAUAAGGCAAAUGCAGAAGAAGACAUAGAAGAUAGGGCAGAUGAAGAAGACAAAGAAGCAAAGGCAAAUGCAGAAGAAGACAAAGAUAAGGCAGAUGAAGAAGACAAAGACGAUAAGGCAGAUGGAGAAAAAGGAGAUAAGGCAGAUGGAGAAAAAGGAGAUAAGGCAGAUAGAGAAGACAAAGAAGAUGAUAAGAAAGAUGAAGAAGACAAAGAAGAUAAGACAGAUGGAGAAGACAAAGAAGAUACGGCAGAUGGAGAAGAGAAAGAAGAUAAGGCAGAUGAAGCAGACAAAGGAGAUAAGGCAAAUGGAGAACAAAACAAAGAAGAUAAGGAAAAUGAGUUAACAGAAAAUAGAACUGGAGAUAAAUGGGAAGAGGAAGUACUAAAGGAAAAGGUUGUGGAUUUAGAGGAGGAACUCCCAACAAGUGAGAUUCAUGCUCAUGAGACCAAGAUUCAAGAAGAUGAGAUUGAUCAAUGUGAAUCAUAUAAAGAGAGUGAAUCAGCCCAGACUUCCAAGGACAGCACUGAAGAAAGAAAUGGGACGUUAUUAAGUCGUGAUGAAACCAAUAAAAAGGACAAUGAUGUAGAGACUGUGAAUGGAGAAGUAGCUGCAGCAUUAGAGGCUCAGAGCGAAACCGCGAGAGAGUGUACAGAAUCCACAAGCCACGACCCUAAAGACAAAGAAAACUCAGAAGGAGUGGACACGGCUGUUGAAACAGGCAUGGAGGCAGAAACAAAUACAGAUGAACUAAAUCAGGUAGACAGAGAGGAAGAGGCUACAGACCAGGAGGCAAUUGGCAAAUGGGAAGGAACCAAAUUAGAUCACAAAGUCAAUGGAGACAAAUCUAAAGAGGAGGCUAUGGCACAAUACACUGAGGGGUCUGUGGAUGCUAAGAAGACAGAGGAAUCUGAAGAGACCCGAGAGACUUCUGAACAAAAUGCGGAGUCAAAGGACAUAGUUGUAGAUAGUACACUUGAGAGUCGUGGUAGGAACCCAGAUUCAAGCACAGAGAAUUUGGAUGAGAGCAAGGAGAGGCAAGCAAAUCUUCUGAAGAAGGAGCAAGUGUUGUACUCAAACCUCAAUCAGAAACACCUCAACAAGAAAAGAGUGAAUCAGGUACAGAAGCCAAUGGCCUUAAAGAAAGUGUAA